CAUCAUAUGAAAUCCUCCUACUCUAACCGCACGUGUGCGCCCCUGGGGGUGUGCAGCAAGGCGAUCAGUGGAAAGAGCCAAUGACUUCGGCUCUGUCAUGUGAUCAGCUGUGUCCAAUCACAGCUGAUCGCAGCCCCAUCAAUGCCACCUGUCAGUGUCCAUCAAUGCCACCUGUCAGUGCACAUCAAUGCCACAUAUCAGUGCCUAUCGGUGCCCAUCUGAGCUGCCUUUCAGUGCCAACUAUCAGUGUCAGUGCCACCUAUCAGUGCCGCCUAUGAGUGCCAGUCAGCGCCGCAUAUCAGUGCCUGUCAGUGCCGCCUAACAGUUCCAGUCAGUG